AUGGACUAUUUUGAGGUGUGUUGGUCCAUCUUCAGCACCAUUUGCUUGGUGAACGUUGUCUUUGGUGUUCUGGUCUGCGAAAUCACCACCUUUACUGUCUUGGCUGCUGUGCCCAUCUUCUCAUCUGCUGCGGGCGCCAUCGCCAACGGUCUUUGCUACUAUGUCUACUACGAAAAGCACCCCGUUGUCAAUGAAGUUGUCGCCGCUGUUUUCUCUGAUUUCUUCUGGCUGCUACAAGAAGCAAGUUUGUUAUUGUACAGUUACAUUAUCCUACAACGAGUCCUUCGACCUAAACAGUGGCGCAUUUUCUCAAUCAUCUUUUGGAGUUUGAUGGUCUGCACUGCCAUAACCCGAGUUUUUAUCGCCAUUUACCGAGCCAAAUUCCUCAUUCAAGGCGUGCAUGAAUACGAGGUCAUCAUUAAUUAUCUACAUAUCGGCUACUUUACAUUUAUGGCCAUCUCGGAAUGUCUCAGCGCCUAUUUCCUUGUCGUCAUCUUCGCUUCCGCCAAGACAUCGAGUAUGAGCGCGGCACUCAAAGUCGGUCUUCUUCGUUAUCUGACACGCAGUACUGAGAUGCGCGUUGCUUUCUUGGCAUUGAUCGGUGUUGUUCGGACGAUUAUCCAUCCUUUUCAGACUCCAGGACAAAAGGCAGUCAACAUUGCUAGUCAGCUUGAUCGUUUUCUUUAUGCUCUCUUUUGUCUUUACCCAAUUGUUUUAUACUUUGACACCCUUGCCUCCAAACUCCGAUUCAACGAGGACAGGUCGAUAUAUACACACAGCGAUCAGGCAGGGAACCCUACGCGCUACGGAAUGAAUACAACGCAGACUCAGACCCGAUGCUACACCACAAAGUCCAACUACGCAUCCAAGAUGUAUGGUGGCGAUGUCGGAAACGAAGGGAACAAUUCACAAGAACAAAUAGUUCCACCGAAUGGUUCAAAUCGAUCAGAGAUCUCCGAGGUGGAGUUGCAGGAUAUUGAUGUGGAGGGACUUGUCAUUAGAAAGACAACUGAGGUCACUGUCACAUAA